UUCUAUCUCUCUCAUCAUCUAAUUGUCUCACUAAGAGUCAAUUAUAUAUUUAGGAUUGCGAAUGCUGAUUUCAUUCAAUUAUUAGGGUUUUGCUUCAAGUGAUUUUGUAUUUGUUCAGGACCUCAAUCGUCAUCGUCGUCGUUCUCCGGUGGAUUAUUUCAGUGUUUAUGUGGAGCAAAUCGGGCUGCUUGGAGGACAUAUCCUGAUUGAAUUUGGUUUCAGAUCUCUCAUCUAGAUAGUGCAUCCACUUUAUUAUUUCCUUCUAUGAGUUAAGGCAAGUAUCAUUAUGGGUGACAUACCGGGUUAUGUGAGAUCGUGUUUGGACACUGGAAAACUAGCUUUCUUGGCGAUUCUGGUUUCAGGGGGGAUUACAUUGCAAGUUUUGGCAUGUGCUUUAUAUGAUAAUUGGUGGCCAAUGCUAACAGCUAUAAUGUAUGUGAUUCUUCCAAUGCCAUUGAUGUUUUUCGCUGGGUCUGAUACUUCUGCUCUCAUUUCUGAAUCCGAAAGCGGAUGGGUAGAUGUGGUUAAGUUUUUGACAGGGGCAUCAGCUGUUGGAAGCAUAGCCAUUCCUGCAAUCUUAAAGCACGCAAAUGUUAUUGGUUGGGGAGCUUUGUCACUACAACUUUCAUCAUAUCUCGUCUUUAUUAUUGCCAUGGUAUGCUUUGUUCGAAUGGAUGAUAAUCACGAUGGAUACAACGUGUUCUGAGCCUGCUCUGCUCCUCUCGGUGUGAAAUUAGUUUGAUAUUUUGUUGUUGUAUCAAAUUUAAAUUGUGGUGGUGACUUUGUUUGAAACUGUGUAGUGAAGGUUUGUUUUUUGGCUUGUAAAAUAUUGUAGUUGUUGUAUUCAUUGGCUUAAAUAUCCUGAUUCUGGAAUUAUAAUAAAGUAUGUUUGUUAUUUGUGUCUGUG